AUGUCAACCUCACUUAUCAUAACUCUACUCAGCUUCUGCCUGAUUUCUUCCACUAUUUCUCGUGUUACUCACAUCGAAGAAUGCGGAAUAUCACGUGGAUGUUGGAGACUUCCAUUGGGUUGUAAAACAUCGGAAGAUUGUUCGACAAUGAUAACUUGGAAGCAUGAGAGAAGGCAUUUGAUUGUGGAAAUUGAAUCGAAAUUGGUGAAAGCGGGACAGUGGAUUGGGUUUGGAUUUUCCAAGGAUGAUCAGAUGGUGAGUUGAGAAUCGUGAGGAAUAUUAAAUUAGGAAAAAAAUAAUUUUAUUCAAUUUUAUCUUGGUAGGAAUUUAGAAGAUCUGAAAGUUUAGGUUAAGAUUUUGGAACAGCUUAAAUUGGGCUUGAAAAUCUGGAUGUUGAGAAAUUUGAGGCUUAGUUUUUGACAAGCCUAAGGUUUGGCCUAGAAGUUUGUAUCUCAACCAGUUUGCCUAGAUUAGGCCUGAAAAUUUGGAUCUCAUUCAGUUAGAGGCCCAUUUUAAACGAGCCUAGAUUAGGCCGGAAAAUCUGGAUUUUAAGAAAUUUGAGGAUCAAUUUUGACGAGCCUAGGUCUAGGUCUAACAAUUCGGAUCUCAAAAUUUUGAAGCCCAAUUUGACUAAGCCUAAUUAAUAUUUUUUUAAAAAUGGGUUGUUUAAAAUUAGGAAAAAAAAAUAUUUUUCAAUUUUAUUUUGAAAAAAUCGAAAAAUCAAAACUCUGAGCUGUCAAAAAUAUGAAAAAAUAAUUUGAAACAGUGAAUUUUUGAGACUUUUUCAGAAUUUUUAUGAUUUUCUGAAUAAAUUGUGGAAAUAUUUGGCUGAAAAUCCGAAAAUUUCCUUAAAAAAAACAGUUUUCAAAUCAAAUUUUCUAUCUAAAACGUUAAACAGAUUUAACAUUGUGUAAUGUCUUCAAAAAAUAUAUAUAAAUAAUUUGAAACAGUGAAUUUUUGAGAUUUUUUUUAGAAACUAUGAUUUCAUGAAUUUUUUAAAAAUCAAAUUUAUAAUCAAAAAAAUAUUGAUCUAAAAUUUCGGCAGGGAAAAAAUGUGGCUGAAAAUCAGGAUUCUGAAAUUAAUUAUUUUUCAAAAAACAAUUUUAAACUCAAAUUUUUUAAAAUAAUCAAAAUAUUCGAAUCAUCAAAAAAUAUAAAAAUAAUUUGAAACAGUGAAUUUUUGAGAAUUUUUUUUCAAAAUUUACCAAAUGUUAUCAUUCAAAAAAUUCAGAAAUUUCCAUUAUUCUAAUUUUGAAACGUAAAUUUUCUAGGAAAAAAUCUGAUGUCAGUGAGGAUUUUUCAAACGAAAAAAAUAGAAUUUCCAAGAAAUUGUGGAAAUAUUUGGCUGAAAAUCAGGAAAUUUCCUAAAGAAAACAGUUUUCAAAUCAAAUUUUAUAUCUAAAAUAAAAUACAAAUUGAACAUUGUGUAAUGUCUUCAAAAAAUAUAUGAAAAUAAUUUGAAACAGUAAAAUUUUGAGAUUUUUUUUUAGAAUCUACGAUUUCCUGAAUUUUAGUAUCAAAUUCAUAAUCAAGAAAAUAUUGAUCUAAAAUUUCGGCAGGGAAAAAAUGUGACUGAAAAUCAGGAUUCUGAAAUUCCAUUUGAUCAUUCAAAAAAUUCAGAAAUUUCCAUUAUUCUAAUUUUGAAACGUAAAUUUUCUAGGAAAAAAAUCUGAUGUCAGUGAGGAUUUUUACAAACGAAAAAAUAAAAUUUCCAAGAAAUUGUUGAAAUAUUUGGCUGAAAAUCAGGAAAUUUCCUAAAAAACAGUUUUCAAAUUUAAUUUUCAAAAAUUGAACAUUUUGUAAUGACGUUAAAAAAUAUAUAAAAAUAAUUUGAAACAGUAAAUUUUUGAGAUUUUUUUUAGAAACUAUGAUUUCCUGAAUUUUAGUAUCAAAUUCACAAUCAAGAAAAUAAUGAUCUAAAAUUUCGGCAGGUAAAAAAUGUGGCUGAAAAUCAGGAUUCUGAAAUUCAUUUUUUUCAAAAAAAAAAUUCAAACUCAAAUUUUUUAAAAUAAUCAAAAUAUUCGAAUCAUCAAAAAAUAUAAAAAUAAUUUGAAACAGUGAAUUUUUGAGAAUUUUUUUUUCAAAAUUAACCAAAUGUUAUCAUUCAAAAAAUUCAGAAAUUUCCAUUAUUCUAAUUUUGAAACGUAAAUUUUCUAGGAAAAAAUCUGAUGUCAGUGAGGAUUUUUCAAACGAAAAAAAUAAAAUUUCCAAGAAAUUGUGGAAAUAUUUGGCUGAAAAUCAGGAAAUUUCCUAAAGAAAACAGUUUUCAAAUCAAAUUUUAUAUCUAAAAUAAAAUACAAAUUGAACAUUGUGUAAUGUCGUCAAAAAAUAUAUAAAAAUAAUCUGAAACAGUGAAUUUUUGAGAUUUUUUCAGAAUUUAUGAUUUCCUGAAUUUUAGUAUCAAAUUCACAAUCAAGAAAAUAAUGAUCUGAAAAUUUUGAUAAAGAGUUUCAGAGUCGGAAAAUAUUUGGCUGAAAAUAAGGCCUCUGAAAUGCAUUUUUUUCAAAAAACACUUUUAAAUUUUUAAAAUAAUCAAAAUCUUCGAAUCAUCAAAAAAUAUAAAAAUAAUUUGAAACAGUGAAUUUCUGAGAAUUUUUUUUUCCAAAAUUAUUAUUAUUAUUCGCUAAAGCUGGAAAAAGAUGAUCAUUCAAGAAAUUUUAAUUUUGAAACGUAAAUUUUCUGGGAAAAAAAUCUGAUGUCAGUGAGGAUUUUUACAAACGAAAAAAAUAAAAUUUCCAAGAAAUUGUUGAAAUAUUUGACUGAAAAUCUGGAAAUUUCCUUAAAAAUUUUUCAAUACAACAUGAUUUUGAAAUACAACAUAAAUUGAACAUUUUGUAUUCUUCAAAAAAUAUAAAAAUAAUUUGAAACAGUAAAUUUUUGAUAUUUUUUUAGAAACUACGAUUUCCUGAAUUUUAGUAUCAAAUUCACAAUCAAGAAAAUAUUGAUCUGAAAAUUUCUGAUAAAGAGUUUCAGAGUCGGAAAAUAUUUGGCUGAAAAUCAGGAUUCUGAAAUUCAUUUUUUUUCAAAAAACAAUUUUAAACUCAAAUUUUUUUGAAUAACCAAAAUCUUCGAAUCAUCAAAAAGUAUAAAAAUAAUUUGAAACAGUGAAUUUUUGAGAAAUUUUUUUUUCAAAAUUAUUAUUCACUCUAAUUACAAACUUUGUUAUCAUUCAAGAAAUUCAGAAAUUUUCAUUAUUUUAAUUUUGAAACGUAAAUUUUCUAGGAAAAAAUCUGAUGUGAGAGAUAUUUUUUUUAAACUGCGAGUAUUGUUAAAUAAACGAAAAAAUAAAAUUUUCCAAAUCUCUCUCCCUUGAAACAGUGAAUUUUUGCUAGGGCAACGACACAGUUUUCGAAUGUCAAUUCGCUGAAUCCGGCGGAGCUGGAAAUGUUGUGCUCUCUCACAAUACCGCUAAAAAUAAUGUGGUUCUUCAAAAAGCUUCAGAAAUGCUGAUUCGCGACGGAUAUGCGGAUAUUGAAAAUGGAAAAGCAAUGUGUGGUGGAGAAAUGAUUCUCGAUAAUAUUCAUUUGGAUCUUGUGGAGAGAAAAUUGGUGGGUUCCGGGGGGAAUUUGGUUUCAAAAUGCUCCUGAGCUCUUCUAGAUGCACGUCAUUUCAUCCGGCCAAUACAACCUAUUUUUCGCGUUUGGUAACAUUGAUAGUAAAGGUGAGAAACAUAUGCAUGGAAUGGUUGGAAAAGAGGCGCCAUGGAGAUCAAAAGAACAAGUCAGAUUUUGUCAGAGAUGUUCGAGUUCUUUUGCAAAUGUUGAUACUAAUGGAAUUAUCGAUUUUAAGCAUUGA